CUGCCAGUUUGUGUGUGUGAGAGAGAGACCGCGCUCUUCGGAAUUCAUCACUGUCGUUUUUCUUUUUUAUAAUUCUAUCUUUUAUCGUUUUCCCCUCUUAUCUCCUUUUUUCGUUUUUUCGUUUUUUUUUCUCUAUUAUUCAUUUAUUGCGAUUUCAGUCAGUAAAUUCCAAAAUGUCGGAAGGUUCGAAAAGGUCUUCGGUUUCAACGAUAUCGGAUUCUGUUGCGAGAAUGGAGGCGGAACCCGCCGAGAAGAAGAAGAAAGGACUAGGAAUGUGGAUGACGUCCUUUUUCCUCAUUGCACAGAUGGCCGGGGCAGGAUUUCUCUCCCUCCCGAAGGCGCUGUCGAAUACGGGCUGGCUAGGGGUUCCCAUGCUGAUCCUGUUCUGCACAAUGGUAGGGUUCUCAGGCACGCGUCUCGGAAAGUGCUGGGUCAUCUUGGAGGAGAGAUAUCCUGAAUAUAAGAAACCUUGUCGGCAGCCCUAUAUGGAGAUCGCUGAUAAGGCCCUCGGAGUGCAUGGCAGACGCCUGACGCUGGCUAGUGUAGUGAUCACCCUCCUCGGCGGAACUACAGUCUUCCUCAUCUUGAUUGCGUCAUUCCUGAACGGCCUGAUCCCUCAGCUGAGUUCUUGUGAGUGGCUCCUGAUCGUGGCGGCGGUGAUCCUGCCCUUCACGUGGCUGGGGACGCCGAAGGACUUCUGGCAAGCCUCCGUCUUGGCCGUAGUCUCCACCGCCGUCGCUUGCAUCGUCAUCUUCAUCCAAAUCCUCGUGGAAAUAGAGGACCACGAGGACCCCUUCUACCAGAAUCCUACGAUCUCCACCUUCGCCCUCGGGUUCGGCGCCAUCCUGUUCGCCUUCGGGGGAGCCUCCGUGUUCCCGACCAUCCAGAACGACAUGGAGGAUCGGAGGCAGUUCGGCAAGAGCGUCGUGGUCGGGUUUGCGGCCAUCCUGAGUCUCUACCUCCCCGUGGCCGUGGCAGGAUACGCCGUUCAGGGAUUCGAAGUCGGCGACAACAUCCUUCUCUCCGUGAACCAAGCGUCCUGGUCGGUCACGGCCGCCAUUAUUCUCGAAGUGAUCAAUCUCUUCGGGACUUACAUCAUCUCCUUCAACCCCGUCGGGCAGGUGUUCGAGGAGCUCUUGAGGGUUGAGAACAAAUUCGGCUACAAGAGAUGCCUCGUUCGCUCGGCUAUCAUCAUUUUCGAAGUGCUUAUAGGUCUCGCUGUGCCUGACUUUGGCAUGAUUCUCAACCUUAUCGGCGGCUCGACUGUCACUGUGUGCUCCUUUAUCCUUCCGCCUCUGAUGUACAUGAAGUUGGUCGAUAGGACAGGCCCUCCAGAAUGGCCCAAGCGAACGAUCCCACUGUGGGAGCGAGUGGUACUGUGGGAAAUUAUCAUCGUUGGAGCUGUGGGAGGCCUUACCUCCACCGUGUCUGCCUUCAUCGCCAUCCUCGACCCAGAUUCCUUUAACAAAUCCUGCUUCGUCGCUUUUUCGUAAUAGGAUUCGCCGACGGAUGUGUUUUUUUUUUUUUCUCCUUUCAUCGGUGUCGGGUCUGUGUCCUUUCUAAUCCGUUUCUGAUUCUGUUCUUGGUUUAAAAAGAGAGAGAGAAAAAAAGGAAAAAGGAGAUGGUGAAGGAGAGGAAGAAGGAGAGACAGAGAGGGAGAGAGAGAGAGAGAGAGAGAGAGAGAGAGAGAAAACAAAUCGUUUGAAAAAAAAAAUCGUAAAAAAAAAAAUAGAAAAAGAAUGAUAUAAAUACUUGUUUUAUUUUCAAAUGUGGUGAUGACAGGAUGAUAGACUGAUGAUAAUAAUUGAUGACUGACAGGUUGAUGAGAAUAAUUACUAAAAAAAAAACAAAAAAAACUUUUAACUUCCGACUUCUCAGGUUCCUCUUCGCAUAAAAAAUGAUGAUAUUGAUGAUAAAAUUGAGUAGAAACGGAUUAAGAUUUUAUCAUUAAUGUAAUGAUAAUCAUUAUAAUUAUCAUUAAUAUUAUUAUUAUUAUUAUUAUUAUCAUUAUCAUUAUUAUUAUUUAUAUUAUUAUUGCUAUCAUUAUUGCUAUCAAAUCAUUAUCAUUAUUACUAUAAUUAUUACUACCCUUACUACUCUUAUUAUCAUUAUCAUCAUCAUUAUUAUUAUAAUUCCCCAUAAUGAUAUUCCAUGAACCAGUCUCAGCAAGGACAUCAUUUGCAGUUAAAGAUGACGGUUGAGACGGUUAUUUUUAACGUGUGUUCAAAAGAGGGCAGUCGGCGCGCUGGCUGCUGAUUGGUGGGUUGUCUCGACCAAUCCGGUGGCUCGACGAAAGGCCAUACAGACAGUUCCUUUUUUUCCUUAUGGAAUUCUUAGUAAAUUGUUUUACCUCUUGUUAUAUUUGAUUUGAUUUUUAAUUAUUAUUAUUAUUAUUAUUUUUUUUUUUUUGGAGUCAAUUGUAAAAUAUUUCUUGCUGAAUAUAUGUAUAUUUUUUAGAUAUUCUAUUCCCGUUAGUAAGAUAUACUUCUUGUUAAUUGCAUUUCUAAAUAACUUUUAAUCCCAAUAGUGAAAUAUUUACUUCUUGUUAAAUAUAUUUUCAGAAAAUUUUUAAUCCCAAAACCAAAAUAUCUUCCUUCUUGCGAAAUGCAUUUUUUUUUUCUUUUUUUUUAACAUUCCCAAUUAAAUAUUUGGUUGAAACUGAUAUUAAUGACAUCCUGUAAUGAACAUGUUUGCUGAGUUUGAACAAAAAAAAUAUAUAUAUAUAGAACAUCAAAGCUUUAGUAAUAUUAAACAGAAAAAUAUAUACAUGAUUUAAGAGAUAUGCGUAUCUUUUCUUAAGUGUUGUUGAUGUUAUGUAAGUUAUAGCUUGUGUAGAAAAGGUAUGAAUGAGAAUGAAUAUCUUCACAAUGCAAGAGAUGUAUAAAUGCAUAGAUCUAUAAAUACAUCUCUUGUAUUGUGAAGAUAUUCAUUCUCAUUCAUACUUUUUCAUAAAUAUAGCUUGUGGUUUAAUAUCACGAGCGAAAUAAAGAUAUAAGAUGCGU